AUGACAGACAGCGCCGAGCAAAUCAACGAUACCAUCCCUCUGAAGGGCUCACAGAGGACUCAGUUUGAGUUCCCCGAGACCUUCGAUCAUUCGAACAUACCUCUUGAGAAAGAUGAAGUUCCUGUUGUCAUCAUUGGCUCCAGUAUGGUUGGCAUGUUCAUGGGACUACUUCUUGGGUUCCACGGGUACGUAGACCAAUCUAGCCACAGCAAGCAGUUAUCUGAUUUAGAAGCAGAGNUUCGCUCAGUCUCCUUUGAUCGUCACCCAUCGACAGCAAUUCAUCCCAGAGCAGCGUUGUUCCUCCUUCGUACCGUGGAAGUACUCCGCCAACUCGGCCUCGAAGAGCUCUUUAUUAAAGAGAGCCAGUCGAAUUUCGAUCUCGAUGCUGGCAUGCUUGUUGUAGAGAAACUCUACAAAGGCAAGACGCUUGCAGCUUUCCAGGAGAGCGAUCCUGCGGAAGUUGCCAAAGUUACUCCGAGCGUUCGUUUAUGGCUCACACAGAACAUGUUCGAACCUCUUCUCCGUCAGCGUGCACUUGACUAUGGUGCCGAGCAACGAUUCAACCAAACGAUCGUGCACUAUGAGGAAACCACUGAAGGAGUACUUGUAGUUGUCAAAGACGAGACCGGCACAUUGAGAAAGUACAAGACUCAGUAUCUCAUAAGCUCGGACGGAAACAGAAGUGCGACACGAAAGAAGGAAGGCAUUGAAUGGCACGGCCCUGGACAACUUAGCAACGCAAUUUCGAUCAACUUCCGAGCCAACUUAGUACCAUAUCUCGGCACUAGAGCAGUCCAUGGCACAACAUACAUUGGCAACAAAGACGUCUCUGGUGGAUUCCGACUUGAUGUGGGUGGUAAAGGAGGCUUCCUCAUCGUCACACGUGCAGCAGGGCGUACAGAUUUCGAACCGGAUUCUGUAUCAGACCAGGAGGCUCGGAAGUUCUUUGAGCAAUGCUCUGGCAUUUCAGCUGACGAGUGCGAUCUCAAAGUCCAAUCUGUCUCAUACUGGUCCGUCGCUGCUUACAACGCGGAGACGUUCAGAGGCAGAAAGGAGAACAGCCGAGUAUUCAUCACGGGUGAUGCAGCUCACGUUAUGCCCCCAACAGGAGGUAUGGGAGGCAACACUGGAGUUGCUGAUGCCUACAAUCUUGCAUGGAAACUCGGCUUCGUCAUCAAUAGCAAAGCGUCUCCUAGUCUCCUGAAUACUUACGACCUAGAGCGCCAACCCGGCGCCGAAUUUUCCAUGCAGCAAGCCUUUGCACGGCUUGUCACAAGAGUCAUGCAUGGCAAGACCCCUGAGGGCAUGAAUUCCGUACCGGAGAUUCCCGAUAUCAUUUGCGAACUAGGAUAUCGAUACACUACAGGCGCAAUCUGCAAAGAAGACAAUGCAGACUCUGAUAAGAAUUACGAGGAUCCCUUCAAGCCUUACGUGCUCCCUGGAGGAAGAUUGCCGCACGUUGCUCUUACUUCGUCUGGAAAGUCUCUUUCGAGUUUGGAUCUCAUUAAGCAAAACUUUGUUCUCUUUACUGUUCAGAAGGAUUCACCGUGGCUGGAAGCGGCACAGAAGCAGAAAGUUCCAGUGGAUUAUUAUGUCAUUGGCUCGACAGAGACACAUCAGGAUCGUGAUGGUGCAGCACAAGUUACGUGGAAACUGGAACAAGGCGAGGCAUUGCUGGUGAGACCAGAUGGAAUCAUCGCUUGGAGAUCAGGUGGCCAGACGAGCGCGCAUGCUGAUGCGCUCAAGACAGCGCUAGAUGCUAUUUUACAGUAG